AUGAAAUGGCUACUCUCUGCUGCAAGAAUCAAAAGAGAGGUGGGGAGAGGGCUGUCCUCCCCCCACCCUUUGGCUGACUUUGAUUGGAAUCCAUAUAUUCUUCAGUGGUUUCUGAAUGCUUUAGGAAAGGGGAGCUCUUUCCCAAUAUUUAGGGGGAUAUUUGUCACGUUUAACACUGCAGUUUGUGGCCUUACAGGGCUUGGGGCACAGUUUUAUGCAUAUAAAACCACCAGCCUGCAUUUGUUGCUUAUCCUGAAGCAUUUAAGAGAUAUUUGGCUGGGAUUUUUCUUGACAUAUUGA